UGUGUCUGCGUGCAUGCGAGCAUGCGAGCGACCGUGUGUGAGCGAGCGCGCGUGUAUGUGUCGGGUAGCCAACACACUCUUCACAUUCGCUCACAACAUGGCGAUGAAGCGCCGACCGACCGCACGACGCCUCUCUCCCCUGUCGCUACAGUGUUGUACCUAGGGAAAGCGGGUGCUCCUCUGACAUGACAUUACAGCCGGUGCAAUAAUUUGAAGGACGUUUAUCCGGAUUCCAUUAUAUGCCUGCUUAAAGCUAGCUGGCUCUAGAAAACCCCACGCAACGCGCUUUUGGAAAUCAAAGGCUUUUCAUGGCGGUGGAGGAUCUCUGGAUUUUCUGUCUACUUUUACUGGGGUUCUGCGCUCUGUCUGUCCAAGAGAAACCGUUGUGGGUGGAGCUGAGUUGCGGGGCGGGGCCAGUGCACGCGGUGCUGGAGCCUGGUUGGCCGCUGCUGCUGGAGUGUCAGCUGGGGGCGUCGCCGGACGAGGAGGCCACUGAGGUGACGUGGCUGAGGGACGGCGUGGAGCUGCAGGAGGGCCCUGCGCUGCGCCUUCUCUCCAACGGCUCGCUGCUGGUGGCGCACCCACCUGCGGAUGCCAGGGCGCCCCCCUGUGGGCCCCUGGAGGGCGCUACAGCAAAGCUAAAGACCCACGCCUCGACACUGACCAGCCGUGUGGUCAACCUGUCCCUGGCGAGUCUGUCCCGUGUGCAGCGGGACCCAGAGGACCAGGUGGUGGCGGCGGGCGGAGCGGCGCGGUUUGAGUGCCAAGUGGAGGGACUGCCCACACCCAUCAUCACCUGGGAGAAGGACCGGACGCCCCUGGAGCCCAGCGCCAGGUUCAUCUCUCCCAGCCGGCCUCCAACCACAAGACGCAAGAGAUACAGCCAGGAGAGCACACUCACCGUCACUCCAGCAGGUCAGUCUUCACUCUCUACCAAAGUGGAGUUAGUGGCACGUCCCCAGAACUCCACUGUGAUUUUGGGGCACCCGGCAGUCAUGGAGUGUAUGGCACAGGGGCACCCCAAACCUCUGGUGUCCUGGAGCCGACUUGAUGGGAAACCCAUAGCCACGGACGUGGUCGUCUUGGAAACCAACCUGGUGAUCCCGGAUACGCGGCGACAUCACGCCGGGGUAUAUGUGUGCCGCGCCAACAAGCCCAUGACCCGCGAGUUUGUCAGCGCCCCUGCUGAGCUACGCGUGCUAUCCCCUCCUGUUAUCCUCCAGCCCCCAGAGACGGUGUCCCUGUCGCGGGGCAACACGGCACGCUUCGUGUGCAACAGCUCGGGUGACCCGCCCCCUGCCCUGCAGUGGCUGCGUAACGGUCAGCCGGUCCAGCCCAAUGGCCGCGUGAAGGCCCAGAGUCCCGGCGUGCUGCUCAUCAACCAGCUGGGCCCUGACGACGCCGGCUACUACCAGUGCCUGGCCGCCAACAGCCUGGGCACGGCCUGCGCCACCGCCAAGCUGUCGGUCAUCGUGCGAGAGGGACUGCCCAGCGCACCGCGGCAGCUCCAGGCCACGCCUAUGUCCAGCACCAACGCCCUGCUCACCUGGGAGCGGCCCGAGCUCAACAGUGACCAGAUCAUCGGCUUCUCAGUGCACUACCAGCAGGCCUCAGGUUCAGAUAACGUGGAGUAUCAGUAUGCGGUGAACAACGACACGAUGGAGUACCAGCUGAAGGAGCUGCAGCCCCACACGGCCUACACCUUCUACGUGGUGGCCUACUCGCUACGCGGAGCCAGCCGCCCGUCACAGCCCGUCACCAUGGAGAUGCUGGAGGACGUGCCCAUUGCACCCCCCCAGCUGUCGCUGCUGAGCCCGUCCCCCACUGAGAUCCGAGUCAUGUGGCUGCCCCUAUCAUCCCUACAGAGCCGCGGCACCCUCACACACUACCGCAUCGACUACAGCACACUGGGACAAGGAGAGCGUGUGUUCUCCACAGAGGUGGGUGGUAACGAGACCCAGGUGACGCUGAGGGGGCUCUCGCCCAAUCAGAUGUACCGGGUCAGAAUGACCGCUGGAACCCGCGCCGGGUUCGGACCCACGUCAGAAUGGCACACACACCACACACCUGACCUGCUCAACCUCACAAUGGUGCUCUUUGCUCCCACUGAGCUGAAGGUCACAGCCAAGAUGCACUCCCUCCACGUCUCCUGGCAACCGCCACCCAAUCACACGCAGAUAUCGGGCUACAAGUUGGCCUAUCAGAUGCUGGACUCGGAAGAUGGGGAGGGGUCUGACAAGAAGAGGCUUCCAGUUCAGCCAAUCAAACUGCGCAAGAGGGUCAAAUAUCAUGACAUCACUGGCCUGGUCCCUGGGCGUGUGUACCAAGUGAAGGUGUGGGCAUAUAACAAACAAACUGAAGGCUACCCAGCUGUAUGGAAGGGUCGCACAGAGAAAUCCCCAAUCAUACCUAGGCAGCCUGAUGUCCUCAGCCCACCACUUCCCCCUAGUGGUAUCAGGGCGACGGCGAACAGCUCUCGCUCAAUCUGGCUGCGUUGGGAGCGUCCACGCUUCAGCAGUGUCCGCAUUAUCAACUACACCGUCCGCUGCAGCCCUGCCGGCCUACGCAAUGCCUCACUGGUGUCCUACUACACCAGCUCUACCCAGGACAUCCUCUUGGGGGCGCUCAAGCCCUUCACACGUUAUGAGAUGGCUGUUCAGUCCAAUAGUGUAAACGUGGUGGGACCGUUCAGUUCCACAGUGGAGGAGUCAACGCUGACUGAUCGCCCCUCCACACCUCCAGCUGACCUGCAGCUCAGUGCUUUGGACUCAUCGUCAGUGUUGGUGAGUUGGCGCCCCCCAGUGGAACCCAACGGUAUUAUCAUCAGCUACAGGAUCCUUUUCAGCUGCAACCUCAGUCAGCCUGAACACCUGUGGACCAACAACACACAUAGCGGCAGUAUAACCAGUGCAGAGGUGCAAGGUUUGCAGGGUGGCACGCGUUACUUCUUUAAGAUGGGCGCCUGCACAGAGGUGGGACCGGGGCCCUUCUCACCUGUGAAAGAUGUGCAUAUGCCCUCAGAUGCAUACGAGUUGGACAUCAAUGCAGUAACGGGGAUUAUCGUGGGAGUUUGUCUGGGUCUGCUCUGUAUCCUCCUGUGUAUGUGUGUGAGCUUCCGCAACGGCAAGACCAGGGACCUGGUGGGGGGUGUUGACUCCAGCUCCUCUCAGUUUUGGCGUGGGGGGGUGCGGGCGGCUCCCCCCUCGCUUCCCGACUGCAACGACUGCCACGAGCUGGAGACCCUCAUGCCUCCCCAGAGAGCCCAGCCCACACAGCCCGUCACCGAGCCCUCGGAGGAGCAAAGCCUCAUGGGUAACACAGCUGUUGCUGAGGACGCGACGGCGACAGAGUUAAAGCUGGCCUGGAAUGGAUCAGUAAGCUGCAACUGGGCCAACCGGAUCUCCAGGUACCGAGACACCAUCACAGAAGAGGCCCCAGCACUACGCAACGGAGCUCUGGACAACAUGGCCACAGACAAGGUGGAGUGUGAUGCCCAGCUGUACUCUCCCGUCUGCAGUAACCAGGUGGAAGCCGAGGUCAUCGUCCACUCUGAGCUGUCCGACCCCCCCAGCAACAGCGAAGGUGGGGCUUCCUCAUCGCCGGCCUCUGCUGGGUCCCAAAGCCCCCCCUCUUCACAGCCACCUCCACCGCCGUCCCCCAUCGACGCCUCCCACCCGCCCAUUCGCUCGCUGCACACCAACCCAAACCACACACCACCCCCACUGUCCAAUCACAACGGUCCGCUGACAUCCUCACCGUCACUGCCAUCAGCAGCGGCGGACGUCGGACUGGUCCAACUGUCGUCGCCCGUGGGGGUGCUGGUCCCUCUCACCAAUGGUUUCCACUCGCCCAAACCCCCGCGGGGAUCCACCGCCAACCCCGCCCCCGCCCCUGUCGAACCCCUCAGCCUGGGAGGGGGCGACUCCAGACUCUGCUCCCUUCCAGCCUCGGAGAAGAGCCUGGGGGGGGCCACGGAGCUCCCCUCCCCCUCAUCCUUGUCCUCUCCCUCCCUGACCCCCGCCAGGGGCUUGGUCAGUGUGGGCCUGGUGCACACUACCUCAGGGGAGCACUCCUCCCUGUGCCCCUGAAACAGGGCACCCUGCCUGGGCAACCCAGGAGUCUAGUACCCCACCACACACCUCCUUCUUCCCUCUGCCCAGGCCUCACCUGCCCUCUUGGGGGAGAGCAUACAGACAGCACUUGACGGCUGAAGACAUUUGACGUGUGAGUGUCUCUGAAGUGAGGUGGGGAGGUGGGGCGACGAGGGCUUUUGGUAUUCCAUGCUUUUGUAACCCUGGCCCUUCCCCUUUCUUUGUUUUUAAACUAGACAGAACUAUAUGGUCCUCUAAAGAAGUCAUGGACCUUUUACAUGUAGGACUUUAUUACUUUUUUUUCUGUGCGUGUGUGUGUGCAUGUGUGUGUGUGUGUGUGUGAGCGUGUGUGCGUGCGUGCGUGUGUCGCGUGCGUGUGUGUGUGUGUGUGUGUGUGUGUGUGUGUGUGUGUGUGUGUGUGUGCACACAUAGAAGGAAUGUUUUUAGUGCCAGUACCUGGGAGACAUAUUUUUAUCGCAUAUCAAGGAUUGUGUGACCUGAGAUUGUGUGUGUGGGUGUGUGUGUGUGUGUGUGUGUGUGUGUGUGUGUGUGUGUUAGAGGACACUCUGAGACACACACACACACACACACACACAAUACAGAUGUCGGUCACAAACAGACCUGAAUGUUACACGCCUGGCCUGGAAUAGACCCUCCUCUAAAGACCUUUAGGCCCCUGCUUACAAAGGUCACUGGCCAGACAGAUCCACACAUACACACACACACAUACACUCGGAUCAGGUGACGGGUGAACAAAAUGAAAUCCUGCCAGGUGGCCCCAACUCCCCCCUCCUCUCUUCCUCUCUUCCUCUCUUCCUCUGUCCCUAUCUUCCAUCUUUCCCUCCCUUGCCAAGUGACCCUCCAUUUUGAGGACUGAAAUUACCACUCAACAAAUACUGCCUGUGGGACAGGAAAUAAUACACACACGCACACACACACACACACACACACACACACACACACACACACACACACACUACUUGAGAAACAACUGCCUGCCAUACUCUACUGCCAUGUCAGGGCCACACACGCACACACACAAACACACACACACACACAUAAAUACACACAAUAAACAGCAAGAAAAUGCUGGGAAAUGCUUUGAAGCUACAUACAAACUGGACAUGUCAGAUAACUAUAAAGUAAUGUACAUAUAUACAGUUGCAAACCCACUAAAGCACACACACACACACACACACACACACACACACACACACACACACACACACAUUCCCAGGCUGAAACUUACGUUUGUGGAAGAAUGUCUUUUGGUGCCUAGAGGUGUAGGCCCAUUUGGAUACAGAAGUCAGACAACUACAGUCAUCCCCACUUGACACGUGUCAACGACUAGCAGACCUCAAAACCCAAUAGAACGGGAACUAAGAAGGACACCCAUGGACUUUCUCAUGAACUGUUUUCUAUGGUUAAGUUUUAUUUUAUGUCAGGGUGCAGGAAACCACACAAGGUUUUAAUGUGUGUGUGUGUGUGUGUGUGUGUGUGUGUGUGUGUGCGUGUGUGUCUCUGUGUUGUGUGUGUGUGUGUG